CUGCCCCUCUGCUUCUCUUCUCCAGGAAACUCUGCACUAAUGGAGGCUGUUGCAGCCGGUGGCGUUUCGGCUGUUCACAGCGUUACCGGGGCAACCGGAGCGAUGGGUAAACGACGCAUAGAGGAGCACUCCACAUUCGACAAACGUCUGCGGUUCAGUGUCCGUCAAACGGAGAGUGCCUACCGGUACCGAGACAUCGUGGUGAAGAAGCAGGAUGGCUUCACGCACAUCCUGCUGUCCACCAAAAGCUCGGAGAACAACACGCUCAAUCCAGAGGUGAUGAAGGAGAUCCAGAGCGCCAUGGCGACGGCGGCGUCCGACGACAGUAAGCUGGUGUUACUAGGUGCCGUUGGCAGCGUCUUCUGCUGCGGCCUCGACUUCCUGUAUUUCAUCAGACGGCUGGCAGACGACAGGAAGAAGGAGAGCAUCAAGAUGGCAGAAACUAUCAGGACCUUUGUCAACACUUUCAUCCAGUUCAGGAAGCCCAUCGUGGCGGCAGUGAACGGCCCGGCGCUUGGCCUGGGUGCCGCCCUCCUCCCCCUCUGCGACGUGGUUUGGGCCAAUGAGAAAGCCUGGUUCCAGACGCCGUACACCUUCUGUGGACAAACGCCCGACGGUUGCUCCUCCUUCACCUUUCCACGCAUCAUGGGGUUGGCCUCGGCUAACGAGCUGCUGCUGGGUGGCAGGAAGCUGACGGCGCAGGAGGCGUGUUCUAAAGGUUUGGUGUCGCAGGUUCUCUGGCCUGGAACCUUCACCCAGGAAGUGAUGCUGCGGGUCAAAGAGCUGGUGGGAGUGGAUUCUCAGGUCCUGCAGGAGUCCAAAGCCCUGAUGAGGAACACCAGCCGCAGUGCUCUGGAGCAAGCCAACGAGCGCGAGUGUGAAGCCCUAAAGAGAGUGUGGGGGUCUCUGCAGGGAACAGACUCCAUCCUGCAGUACCUGCAGAAGAGAACCGAACUCUGCUAGAACCCUAACCCAGUCCUUCCAGUCCGGCUCCACCCAGUCCGGCUCCACCCAGUCCGGCUCCACCCAGUCCGGCUCCAUCCAGUCCGGCUCCUUCCAGUCCGGCUCCAUCCAGUCCGGCUCCUUCCAGUCCGGGUCUGACCCGGUUCUGCUGUGGGACAGAAGCAGAGGAAACAUGGAACUGGUUCUGAUCCUGGAAGACUGGGUCCACCUGCUGGGGGAUCUGGGUAAUCGGUCCGGUGGCGGUGUUUCCCCGUGCUGCACCCACAGGAACAGAGACCAGCAUAAACUGGUUCCUGACUGGAAACCAGUGAAUGGGCUGUUGAACUGACAGGAAGGGGCGGGGCUACAGGGCUGCCUUAGAUGUUUUCCUCCAUCAUGAACAAUAAACUUUGAUUUCUAUGGUCUUUAUUGGCUUUUAUUGCUGAACUGUAAGCUUGUGAGGCAGGUUCUGAUAACAGAGUAUGACCUUUGACCUUUUUAUCCCCAUUUGUAAUAAAAUGACCAAUGACU